CAUGAGCCUCGUCAACUGUUUGGUUCUUCUUAUAGUUUGGCACGCGCACUCGGUCAACGGGAGACAUCCAAACUGUCAGUUUCUGUAUGAGCUGCAGAUGGCAGAGAAGGAAUGUUUGGGCGAUCUAGCAGACGAGCCUCUUCUGCACACUGAAGGUUGCAGAGGGAUGUGGGACAAUUUUUCCUGCUGGCACCAUGCUGAUGUUGGAAAGGUGGUCGUCAAUAACUGUCCUGCUGCCCUCAAAAAUUUGUUCACCAGAGAUGGGAUCAUUAGCAGGAACUGCACUACGGAAGGCUGGUCCAACGUGUAUCCCAGCAUCGACAGCGUGUGUUUUGCACCCACAAAUACAAAUACAACUAUGUAUGUUUUCUACACAGUGAUGAAGACUCUUUACACACUGGGACACAGCCUUUCUCUCAUCGCCCUCAUCACCGGCAGCACCAUCCUCUGUCUCUUCAGAAAACUGCACUGCACCAGGAACUACAUCCAUCUGAACCUGUUCUUCUCGUUCAUACUGAGGGCCAUCGCGGUGCUGGUCAAAGAUGCCAUUUUGUUUUCUCAUGAAAACGGGGAAUGUACAGUGCAGCCAUCCUUGAUGGGUUGCAAAGUCAGUCUGGUCAUCCUCAACUACUUCAUCAUGGCAAACUUCUACUGGUUGCUGGUUGAAGGAUUGUACUUACACACCCUACUGAUGGUCAUUUUCUCAGAGAACAGACACUUCAUCAUUUACCUUCUGAUUGGAUGGGGAUUCCCCACCGUGUUUGUGAUUCCAUGGAUUGUGUGCAGGAUUUACCUCGAGGACACAGGAUGCUGGGAGAGGAUCGACAAUCCGAUUCCCUGGCGCGUGAUCAACUGGCCAAUCAUGGCAUCUGUCAUUUUAAACUUCAUUCUGUUCAUCAGCAUCAUUCGAAUCCUGGUCCAGAAGCUGAGAUGUCCUGACGUUGGUGGAAACGACCAGUCCCAGUACAGGAGGUUAGCCAAGUCCACACUUCUGCUGAUUCCUCUUUUUGGCGUCCACUAUAUUGUUUUCGUUUACAUCAUAGAUGGAAAUGGAGAGAGGGAAAACUAUAAAAUAUUCUUUGACCUCGGUCUGGGAUCCUUUCAGGGCUUGGUGGUUGCGAUUUUGUAUUGCUUUUUGAAUAGUGAGGUCCAGAGUGAACUCAAGAGAAAGUGGCGGAGUUUGCGUUUGAAGCGCUACAUCGGCCGCGACUACCGUCUGCACAGUUCCUCCAUAUCCAGGAACGGCACAGAAAACAUGGCCCAAUUCCAGCGAAACACCAGAGCCCAGUCUUUCCUGCAGACAGAGACCACCGUGGUGUGA